AUGUGUAUUGACUACCGCCAGUUGAACAAGGCUACAGUGAAGAACCGUUAUCCUUUGCCUCGUAUAGAUGAUCUGUUUGACCAGCUUCAGGGCGCACAUGUAUUUUCUAAGAUUGACUUGCACUCAAGGUACCAUCAGUUGAAGAUUCGGGAGCCUGAUAUCCCGAAGACUGCCUUCAGGACUCGAUACGACCAUUACGAGUUCCUUGUUAUAUCAUUUGGGCUGACCAAUGCCCCUGCAGCUUUCAUGCACUUGAUGCACAGCGUAUUCAGGCCAUAUCUUGACUUGUUUGUGAUUGUUUUUAUUGAUGAUAUUCUGGUGUAUUCCCGGAGUCGGGAAGAUCAUGAGCAGCACUUGAGGACCGUGCUACAGACCUUGAGGGAGAAAAAGUUAUAUGCAAAGUUCUCAAAAUGUAAAAUGACAACGGGUACGGGACAAUGGAAUGGUUCUGUUGGAACUACUACUGCUACAAUGGCUACUACGUCUUCAAGUCGCACAACUUUUGCACCAGCGAUGAAACCGGCAGAAAAGCCCGAAAACAUCAUGAAAACAUCACGAGAGUUGUGGAGUGCUCUUGAAAAGAAGUACAAGACAGAAGAUGCUGGACUUAAGAAGUUUGUGGCCGCCAAAUUUCUGGAUUUCAAAAUGGUUGACAGAAAAUCUGUCAUAACGCAAGUCCAAUAA